GCCGCUGCAGCUGCUUUGUUUUGUUUUGGUUGUCGGGAGUUGUGUAAGCGAGCGACAGGCGGAGGUCGCCCCGGGAGAGGGACGCUCUUCACAUGGGGAGAGUCCAACCGGGGAUGGAAGAUGACGGACCGGUAGCUGACGCCUGCGGGAUGCCGAGCUUCAUCGGCCGCUUCGAGGAGGAGGAGGAGGAGGAGAAGGGGAGGGCGAGACUGUCCCGGAGCCUGGAAACUUCCUUCGCGGACGGCAAAGUUGAGUGGCGGGUCGCAGACAAGCACCGGGACGUCGGCAGGUCAGACUCCCGGUUGUCGCUCGACGGAGGCGGCGGGAGGAGCGGCGGCGGCGACGAGGGGGGGAAGGAUGCGGGGGGCAACAACAACAACAACUGCAACGGAAGAGGAGAGAGGAGGAGGAGGGCGAGCGCCGUGGAGAUUCUGAGGAGGAAUUUCGGGGUCGUGAAAUCUCCCUCCCUCCGGUUCACCGCAGGCCGGCGGAUGCAGGACAACAACCAGAGCAGCGUCAACAACGACGGCCAUGGAGGCGACUGUGGCGACGGCAAAAAGUCGGACGUAGAAACGGGCGACGCGGGGAUCAGAAACGAGCCAACCCCGAGCGAGUUGACGGCUUCUGAUGCACAUGCGGAGCAGCGGCAUCGAACAUGCGACAGUGACUGUAACACUGUGCGUGUAGAGGCGUCACAUGGCGUCAAACAACAUGUCUACUGCACUGUUUACUGCAUUGCCAACGACGUCCUCCGCACUGAAUCCGCACACCGCCGAGACGAUGAGGCGGACGCACCUGACCCUGCGGACUCGGGCUCCGAGACGGAGGCGGGUUCGAGUCCCGAGCCGCCGCUGUAUACCCUGGACGACCUGGUGGACCCGUUCGGGGACAUUUCCAACCAGCUGUACAAGGAUCAGGACGAUGCGGGGAGCGCGGUGCGGGGCUGCCGGGUGUGCCUGGAGGACAAAACCAUCGAGCCCCUGCUCUGCUGCAGGAUGGCCGUGUGUGAUGAGUGUUUGAAACUCUACGUCAGCUCCCAGGUGCGAGUGGCCAAACCACACAUCAGCUGCCCGAUCCCAGAGUGCAGUGGCUACCUGAAGGAGAGCGUGGUGGUUUCCCACUUGGCCAAUGAGGACGUGGCCAAGUACCGUUACUUCCUGGAGUUGAAUCAGCUGGAUUCGAGCACCAAGCCGUGCCCCCAGUGCAGUGACUUCACCUCUCUGAAGAAGCACAACAACAACCAGUCCGAGCACAAGUACAAGAUUCAGUGUGGGAACUGCCAGUUUGUGUGGUGCUUUAGAUGCCACGCGCCCUGGCACAAUGGCCUCAAGUGCCGCGACUACAGGAGAGGAGACAAGCUGCUACGAACGUGGGCAAGUGUCGUAGAACAUGGACAAAGAAACGCCCAGAAGUGUCCACAGUGCCGGAUCCAUAUACAGCGUACAGAGGGAUGCGACCACAUGACAUGCACACAAUGUAACACAAACUUCUGUUACCGCUGUGGGGAGCGCUACCGACACCUCAGGUUUUUCGGGGACCAUACAUCCAACCUCAGCGUGUUUGGCUGCAAGUAUCGCUAUCUGCCCGAUAAACCUCAUCUGAGACGGUUCAUCAGAGGCUCCGUCUGUGGCACUAAGGUGCUGAUAGCUCCAGUGGUCAUUGUGCUGGUGGUGGUGCUGGGAGCUCUCGCACUGGUGAUAGGUUUGGUGGCUUUCCCCGUCUACUACGUGUGUAAGAGGAAGAAGCAGCGCACUCAGGGCUCUGGACGGUGGAUCUAAAAUCUGCCGCUGCACUACAUCCAGACCGAGGAGCUUGAAACGACAACGCCCACAGUUCCCUCAGGGGCAGCCGUGCCAUGCCGAGUCAUCGCAGAAUACUUAGAGGAACAUCGGAAAAUGAGCAGUAAAUGAGAACGAGGAUAAUCAAACUGAAAAAGUCGUAAGAGACCCACACAAAAGUAAGUCGAACUCUGGAGGAAUCGCUGUGUGGUCACAACAACUGUUAAAAUCACUUAAAGCUUCAUAACAUUUCACAGCCAUGAGGACUUUGCUGCUCUUUUACCGGACACGUCACUGUAGGUCUCAGCACUUCACACAUGCAGAUUUCCACUCUCACAUUUACAGCUGUCUUUCUGGAGAGCGAAUCAAAACACAGGUAACAGACGGAGGCAGAAUUGUUUACACCCGCACAUGUGAGAAUGCGCUGAAAGAGGAGAUGUUUGGAUACCGGAAACAAGUCUUCAAGGAACACUCACUGCUGGAACAACUGGUGAAUGUUCCGAGACUCUCACGGGUGAAUAAUGCAGAUAGAAAGGAAACAGUGUGAGAAUGGAAUGUGAAUUUGGAACAAGCCAUGAUGGAGAAAUUCCUUUUAACUGAUUCACCGAGAACUGGACUCUCUUUCUCUGCUGGAGACAGAGUUUGCAUACGGAUAUCUAAAAGAAGCACACACUGGAAGGUAGAAUAACUAAAGUCCGAUGGAUGGAGAGAUGAUUCGACUCUGGUGCUUUUGUUAUUGGCUAAUCCGGAUUAAACUGACUCUGCCUGAGCUCACGCUCUUGUUAGAAGACAUGA